CCAGUCCCUCGGGCAGGAAUGGGCGGUGCCGCCCUUCGGACUUCCACGUUCCCCUCGGACGAGGGCCGGUCAGUCAUUCACGGAAGGCGAUUUGGCGAGCGAUGGCGGCGACAGGCGUGGGGUCCCGCGCCCGUGACAUCUUCACGGCGCUGGAGUACGGACCCGUGCCGGAGAGCCACGCAUGCGCACUGGCCUGGCUGGACACCCACAACCGCCUCCUGGGCCACUAUGUCGGUGGAGAGUGGCUGAAGCCAGAGCACAGGAAUGCAGUGUCUUGCCGGGACCCCAUCACAGGAGAAAACCUGGCCAACUGCCUGCAGGCGCAGGGAGAGGAUGUGGCUGCAGCUGUGGAGGCAGCGAGGACAGCUUUCAAAGCCUGGAGCCAACUCCCUGGAGCCACUCGGGCCCGAUACCUAACCCAACUAGCCAAGGUGAUCCUGAUGCAUCAGCGCCUGCUAUGGACCCUGGAGUCCCUGGUCACUGGGCGAGCUGUUCGAGAAGUUCGAGACGGAGAUGUCCCCCUGGCCCAGCAGCUGCUUCAGUACCAUGCAGUCCAAGCACAUGCCCAAGAGAAGGCGCUGGCAGGCUGGGAGCCCAGGGGAGUCAUUGGCCUUAUCCUGUCACCCCCAUUCUCCUUCCUGGACAUGAUGUGGAGGGUGUGCCCUGCCUUGGCUAUGGGUUGUACUGUAGUGGCCCUUGUGCCCCCAGCCUCCCCAACACCUCUCCUCCUCGCCCAGCUGGCGGGGGAGCUCAGCCCCGUCCCAGGAAUCCUCAAUGUGAUGUGUGGCCCUGCCUUACUGGGACCUGCUCUGGCCUCCGAACCUGGAGUCCAGAAAGUGGCCUUUUGUGGAGCUGUGGAGGAAGGACAGGCCCUACGAAGGACCCUGGCAGGCAAGGGGGCUGAGCUGGGCCUGGCCCUGGGCACAGAGUCGCUGCUGCUGCUGACGGACUCAGCAGAUGUGGACUCCGCUGUGGAAGGCAUCGUGGAUGCGGCCUGGUCAGACCGCAGCCCGGGGGGCCUCAGGCUCCUCAUCCAGGAAUCUGUGUGGGACGAAACUGUGCAGCGGAUCCAGGCCAGGAUGGGACGGCUACGGAGUGGACGAGGACUGGAUGGGGCUGUGGACAUGGGGGCCCGAGGGGCUACUGCCCAAGACUUGGCCCAGCACUAUGUGCAUGAGGCCCAGAGCCAAGGUGGACAGGUGUUCCAGGCUGGCGAUGUGCCCUCUGACAGCCCAUUCUUUUCCCCAACCUUGGUCUUUGGCCUGCCCCCAGCUGCCCCAUGUGCCCAGGCCGAGGUGCCCUGGCCUGUGGUCAUGGCUUCUCCGUUCCGCACAGCCAAGGAGGCACUGGCCCUGGCCAACGGCAUGCCCCGGGGAGGCAGUGCCAGCGUGUGGAGCGAAAGGCUGGGGCAGGCCCUGGAGCUGGGCUAUGGGCUCCGGGUGGGCACCGUCUGGAUCAAUGCCCAUGGCCUUCGAGACCCUGUAGUACCCACAGGUGGCUGCAAGGAGAGCGGGUCUUCCUGGCAUGGGGGCCAAGAUGGUCUGUAUGAGUACCUGCAGCCCUCAGGGACCCCUGCCCGGCUGCCCUUCCUUUGUGAGAGUCUCAACUAUGACACCUUUGGUCUUGUCGUACCAUCCACCGUGCCAUCGGGGCCAGAGACAGGGCCCAGGACCCCCUCACACCUAACUCUAUGCAGCCCAGCACCCCCCUAUGGGCUGUUCAUUGGGGGCCGCUUCCAGCCUCCUGGGGGCCGUAGCUCCAGGCCCAUCCAGGAUUCUUCUGGCAACCUCCAUUAUGUGGCUGAAGGUGGGGUCAAGGACAUCCGAGGUGCCGUGGAGGCCGCUCACCAGGCUGCUCCCGGCUGGGGGAUGCAGUCCCCAAGAGCCCGGGCCAGCCUUCUGUGGGCCCUGGCAGCUGCCCUGCAGCGCAGAGACACAGCCCUGGCCUCCAGGCUAGAGAGGCAUGGAUCAGAGCCCAAGGCUGCCAAGGCUGAGGUGGAGGUGAGCGUGAGGCGACUCCAGAUGUGGGGCACUCAGCUACAGGACCAAGGCCACACCCUGCAGGUGGCAGGGCUGAGAGGCCCUGUGCUCCGGCUUCGAGAACCACUGGGGGUACUGGCUGUGGUGUGUCCAGAUGAGUGGCCCCUGCUGGCCUUUGUGUCCCUGCUGGCCCCUGCCUUGGCACAUGGCAACGCCGUGGUCUUGGUGCCCAGUGGGACCUGUCCUCUGCUGGCCUUGGAGAUCUGCCAGGAUGUAGCUACCCUGUUUCCUGCUGGUCUGGUGAAUGUGGUGACUGGAGAUCAGGACCACCUGACCCGCUGCCUGGCCUUACACCAGGACAUCCAGGCCCUGUGGUACUUCGGCUCUGCCCAGGGCUCCCAGUUUGUGGAAUGGGCCUCUGCAGGAAACCUCAAGCCUGUGUGGGUGAACAGGGGCUUCCCAAGGGCCUGGGAUGAGGAGGCCGAGGGGGCAGGAUCAGAGCUGAGCCUGCAUGCAGCGCGAACCAAGGCCCUGUGGCUGCCAAUGGGGGACUGACACCCAAGACCACCUGCUCCAGCUUGCUUGCCCACAGACACCAGAUGCCUGGACCUUUGUCCUCAGACUCCCUGUGGCUUUCAAUAAACCAAACAACCCUGACUGUG